CCCUUCAAUCCUACAAGAGUACUACCUCAUUAUCAUCAUCACUCAACCAAGUGCCAUUAAAGCACUCAUUUUUUAUAUAUCCAUAUGGCUUUUCUUCUUUCUCUAUUUUUGCUUUUCUUGUUCAAUUCAAGAAGCAAUGCUCAAGGUCCACCUUCACCUGGCUACUAUCCUAGUUCGAGGGUACAAUCUGUAGGAUUUAACCAGGGUUUUAGGAACCUUUGGGGUCCUCAACAUCAAUCUUUAGACCAAAGUACCUUAACACUCUGGCUUGAUAAAACAGGAGGAAGUGGCUUUAAAUCUCUGAAAAAUUAUCGUUCCGGUUAUUUUGGGGCUUAUAUGAAGCUACAUCCUGGUUACACUGCUGGAGUUAUUACUUCUUUCUAUCUUUCAAACAAUCAAGAUUAUCCAGGGAACCAUGAUGAAAUUGAUAUUGAAUUUCUUGGAACAACACCAAACAAGCCUUAUACUUUACAAACAAAUGUGUACAUAAGAGGAAGCGGAGAUGGACAUAUUGUUGGGAGAGAAAUGAAAUUUCACCUUUGGUUUGACCCAACAAAAGCUUAUCACCAUUAUGCAAUUCUUUGGGAUCCCAAUGAAAUCAUAUUUUUUGUCGAUGAUGUCCCAAUUAGAAGAUACCCUAGGAAAGAUGAUGCUACAUUUCCACAAAGACCUAUGUAUGUGUAUGGUUCAAUUUGGGAUGCAUCAUCUUGGGCAACAGAGAAUGGAAGAAUUAAGGCCGAUUAUCAAUACCAACCAUUCAUUGGAAAAUAUAGUAGCAAUUUCAAGCUCGCUGGUUGCACCGCUAACGAGAGCCCCUCGUGUCGCCGUUCACCUUCCAGCUCCCCGUCGGGGGGUGGAGGGCUGAGCCGCCAGCAGACUGAGGCCAUGCUAUGGGUGCAGAGGACCUAUAAGGUGUAUGAUUAUUGUCACGACCCCAUGAGAGACCAUACUCACACACCGGAGUGUUAGUAUGGUUCGUGAAAAGAAAAAAAAAGUUAAGUCGCAUUGAUCGUGUGAAAAAUUUACACUAUCAGUGUAUAUAAAAAAACAAAAAUCAAGAAUAAAAAGUAUUUUGUUUUGGAGUGGCUUGAGAUGGUCCCACUUAAUUGCCAUGAAUAGUUGCAUAAAGUUAUUGAAGCGUCCAAGUGUUCUCCAAGGAAUGGAUUGUGGUUUUUAACUUUUGUUUUCUUGAAAUUUAUAUAAGUGCAUUAUACAUGUUUCAUUUAUGUUUCAUGGGGUAAAAAGGUCAAGAAUAUUCAAGAAAAUUUGAAGUUGAUGUUGGCCCAUGUUCACCAGAAUUGCCUUUCAAUUGUAUUUUAUAUUUGAUCAAGUGUGCAUUUUGUAUCUUUAUUUAUGAUUUGCAAAGAAGAAUUAUUAUAUGGUCAAAAAUCAAAUCUUUUGAGUGUUA